AUGUCACGACAAGGAGCCUCUCGAGAUGUGGAAGAACUCGAGAAAAUCGAGCAACAAAUCACCCUUACACUUCAAGAAAUCGACAGCAACUUCAGCAAAGCGCAUCGCAUCGUCACCAGCAGCAUACUACCCAUCGUCGAGCAGUAUGCGAAGCACAGCAGCAAUGUCUGGGAGGGCUCCAAGUUCUGGAAGCAGUUCUUCGAGGCUUCGGCCAAUGUGUCGCUGUCAGGCUACGAGGAGGCUCCGGAGGAAGAUGUAACACACACCGAAACGACUUCGACGAAUCUGGAGACGCCAACGGAUCACGGAGAAUAUAUGCAGGCCGGCGCGCAGGAGCAGGAGGAUGACGAGGAUGAGUUCUCGGUGGACUCGCCUACGCAAGUCACGGGAGUACAGUCGACACCCAAGAUUGGGUCUAGCAGGAAGACGAACAGCAAGGCGGCCGCUUUCAGGUCCCCCUCUCCGCGCAAAUACACCGGGAAGAACCCUCUCGCUACGGGUAGUUCAGAAGGUCCGAGUACACCUCGUCCGCGCACUGGUGUUGGUGCCCAGUCAUCGCCUUUCGAGCCAGAGUCGGCAGCAUACGUACCUUCGACCCAACAACGAGGCAACAAUGACCCUCUGAUGCACCGCAUCCUGGACAAGAACUACCGCAUCCAAGCCACGCCCCACACCCAGCGCCGCCAAAGACCUCAGCCGACUCAAAAGCAAACGCCUGCAACAGCCACAAAACGCAUGCCAUGGGACGAUUCGCCUCAAUCAUCUCCAGACCUCCCCGCCCCUCAACUCCGCAGCGAUCUCUUCUCACCGGCCAAAGCCGCCGCAGCGCCUCGGACCCCAGGCGUCUCAAUCCUGACUCCAGCGCGCAAGACCGGCCACGCAGCUCCAACCACCUCCACCGGACGCCAGCUCUUCUCACCGCAGGACAAAGCCUACAGCACCACCAAGACCCACACGAGCCAUAACAUUUUCUCCAGCGACGACUCAGACGAUGAUGAUGAUGGCUACGGCGACAUGAGCCCGCCGAAAACGAUGCAAUUCCACGUCCCGCAGAGUCGGCUCAUGCAAACGCCAGCGCGGGAGGCGAGCAAGCGGAUUGUGGAUGAUCUACUGUUGACUGCUGGCGCGGACGAUACGGACGAUAUUGAGGGGAUUGAUGAUCCGAGUGUGGUUGAUGAGCCGAGUCCGAGUGUGGUGAGGAGGGCUUAUGAGGACGAUACGUUUUAG